UCGAUUCGUGUCGCGUACCAGUCGCGCCGUUGAAAGUGCAGCAGUACUGUUGUUGCCGUACCUUUUUGGCCGGUGUGGGCAUUCGUUUGUAUAUUAUGGGCAAAACGUGUCUUCGGGCCAAGUCCAUGUUUGUUUUGUCGCGAUGUGUCGUUACUCGUUAGUGUCAACUGUCAACAUCGUAAGCCGCCGCCAUAUUAUCCUAAAGUCGGUUGAAAGAUUGUAAUAUAAUAUAUGAAUGUCUAUGAUAUUCUGUCUAAUAUAGAUAUAUAUGAUAGUGUGUGUGUAGUGUGUGAUACACUGAUACGCAUACGUCUAUAUAGUCAAUUAUAAUAUUCGUUACUCGUGUCGUGUGCGAACCGCGUACUUGUGCAUUAUGGUUACUGUGCGAUCACGUUCUGGCCAAUGGCCAUAUUAUAUCGGCCUUUUAUUCAGUGUGUAGCGUGUCAUUUUUAGCCGCAUUAAUAUUUAAUACAUGAAGCAACCGCCGCGGACAUGUGUUCUAUAUAUGUAUAUGUUACGGGCAAUGUGGAGUACCGGUCAAUGUGGUCCUGCCCGGGCAAUGUAGCUCAACAUCAACAUGAAAUUAUUCAUUCUAAGUUUGUUCGUAAUUAUGGCAGUCACUGUACAUGUACAGGCGAUGCCGACCAAUGAUGCAACCGACGCGAUUCAUCAAACACCAGAAAAAGUACAGCAUCAGCUCCCGCAUAAAGAAGAGAUGGGUGAAAAAUUCAGAAAGAAGAGGUGCAGUUGGUUCUCAGAUCCAACAACAACAACAGCAGGGUACAGCGACCCAAAUUUUGGUCAUCCCCCAAAAGCCUGGGAUCCCGUCGAACCAUUUGAAAAAGAAAAUAAAUACUUUGGGACGACACGCAGCCCAAUUAGGAAAAGAGAUCCACAGCAUAAGCAAUUUGAUUAUGGUGUUAAUGACAAUAAGUUCAUAUUUGACAUUUGGAAAAAAAAAUAAAUACUUUGG